UGCCCAUAAGUGUGUUGACCUCACCAAAUGGGUUGAUUAUAUUUUGAAAUGCCAAUUGCAAGAUAAGACAAGCUAUAUUAAGCGAUUUCAGCCAGGACGUUUCAUUUCUUCAACAGAAUGAUGUACGUUAUCUUAGUUGUCAGCCUUGUAGGCUUGGCAUGUGCUGCGACGACGCCGGCGCCGAUUGAGUGCAUGAACGACGGGGAGUGUAGCCCGCUGGAAUGCUGCUACAAGAAGCACGAGUUGCUCGUGGUUAGCAAGCGGGGAGGCACGUUCGAGGGGUACCCCUUUCAAAACCAGGACCUCUCACACGUAAAAGGCGUUUGCCAGAGAUACCACCAGGUGGGUGACGCGUGCUCCCCGUACGACAAGCGUAACGGCUUCUGCAGUUGUAACGUAAAGAUGGGUCACAGCUGCCAGAUGGUGACAGACCCCAAUCCAGACGUCGACGUGAUUCCUACGUCACGCUUCCAGUGCGUUGACGAACUCCUCGCGUCACGGAAGUAGAGCAACCCGCGCGUGUGUGAUUAUACUUUGAUGUGUUUGGUUAUUAAAUUGUUUAAGAUUG